CCUGAAAACACCACACAACUCUGUGAAGAGGGAGACAGCUUUCUACUGUCCGCCUGUGUGCUUUACACCUUAACAGCAUGGGGGACAUCCAGCAGUUUGAGCAGGAUUUCUACCAGACGAGGUAUUACAUCGAUGACCAGGGUCAAACUGUGGCUUACUACGAUGACUACAGUUCUACAAGCCCCGCUUAUUACGACAACGGAGCACAGACCUUCACACCUGAUGCUCUGGAUCCGUCCAUGCAGCAGGAGUACCCCGGACAGUUCUACCAACCUGCCAUGCCGUCUGGGGCUGUGCACACAGGGAUAGAUUCUCCAGAAGAGGAACCUCCCCUUCUGGAGGAACUCGGCAUCAACUUCGAUCACAUCUGGCAGAAGACGCUGACAGUGUUGAACCCUUUUAAGCCUGCAGAUGGCAGCAUCAUGAACGAGACCGAUCUGACAGGUCCCAUCCUCUUCUGCAUUGCACUUGGGGUCACUUUAAUGAUGGCAGGUAAAGCCCACUUUGGUUAUGUGUAUGGGACCAGUGCUACAGGCUGUACUGGGAUGUACAUUCUGCUCAGUCUCAUGAGUUCCUUGGCUGUGUCCUAUGGCUGUGUGGCGAGUGUCCUGGGUUACUGCCUGCUGCCCAUGGUGGCCCUCUCUGCAUUUGCUGUCUUCUGCUCUUUACAAGGUUUCCUGGGAACAGUUCUGGCCUUGUUGGGGAUUUGUUGGUGUAGUUUUUCAGCCUCAAAGAUCUUCAGCUCCACCCUGGCUAUGGAGGGUCAGCAGCUGUUGGUGGCGUAUCCCUGCGCCCUGCUCUACGGGCUCUUUGCAUUGCUCACUGUAUUUUAAUUUUCACUACAGGAAAACCUUUGUCAUUCAUGAAUCUAUCUUUUCAUUUAUCUCUACUAAUUUUACCAACACAAAUACAGCAAUGAUUGUAUUUAAUCCCUGUCAAUUAUCAGUGUCAGUAAAGAAUCCAAGGGGGUUUAGAGAUUUGAUGAAUGAUUGUAUUUCAUUUUUCUAGUACAGAAAACAGAAAAUACAAUCUUUAUUUUUGUACACAGUUCUUACUUUAUGGUUUGAUUUCAUCGUUGUUUUUUUGAUCAUUUCAUAUUCAA